GCUGUUUAUUGAUGCAUUUAUGACAGUUGAUGCAACUGAGCCGGGGAGCAGAAUUCUGCUUGGAUAAAAUUUCAGGACCUUUCCAGCUGCGCGAGCCGACAAAUCCCCAGAGCCCUAAAGGCAGAGUGAGAGAAGGACAAACGCCCCUCGCCGGCUUUGGGGUGUCUAAACGGACAAUAGCACCCACCCGGUUCCUCUCAGUCAGCAGCAGCUGAACUUCCUGAAAUCCGAUCUGAAUCCUUCCCUGACUGGCUGGCAGAGGGAGAGCAAGAUUCCUGCAGCAGCUCACCUGAGGCAGGCAGCUGAAAUGUCUAACAGUGAGCCCAACCAAGAGUUCCAGAUGGUGGAGCAAAUGGAAGAGACGGGCGAAAGAAAAGCUGGCGAUGGAAAAGCUCCAGAGUCCAACCCAAGUGGAGGCAAGGAGUCCCCAUCUGUGACUUCUGAGUCUACUGUCUUCUCAAAUUCUUACGCCAACCAGUAUGCCAUGAGGAAAUUCUUUGUUACAAGGCCAGGAGCAUUUGACCAAGCCAUAGAAGAUCUAAAAAUCCACGUGAUCAAGAAUUCGGGGGAAAUUGCUCAGAGCUUCUGGCUUUUGUCCGAGAUAGAUCACUGGAACAACGAGAGGGAGCGUGUCGUAGUGAUCACAGACGCCAACCUCCUGGUCUGCAAAUAUGACUUCAUAAUGCUCAGCUGCCUCCAGGUGCAACGGAUCCCCCUGAACUAUAUUGACCGUAUCUGCCGUGGCCAGUUCACCUUUCCUGAGAGGUCCCUGGACAAGAGGGAGGGAGAAGGCCUGAGAAUCUACUGGGAUAAUCUGAAAGAGCCAUCUGCCCUGUCCCGUUGGAAUCCAUGGGCCACGGAUAUCCCUUAUGCAACUUUCACAGAACAUCCAGUGAAGAACAGCAGCGAAAGGUUCAGUGCCAUCUGCCAGAUGUCCGAGUUCACUGCUCAGUUGAUCCAGGCCGUUCAGACCACCCAGAGCAAGAACCCGGCACCAGGCAAAACCAGCGGAGUUGUGGUCCUGAAUCAACCCCUCCUGAUCGACACCUACACGGGUUUUAUGUCUUUCAUCGGGAACCGAAACAAACUUGGUUAUUCCCUUGCCCGUGGGAGUGUUGGCUUUUGAAGCUGUCCAUGGUGGGGCGUGCUUUUUGUUUGUUGAUGUCACUGUCUUUUAAAUUCUGCAUAUAGCCCCAUUUCUUUUAGAGGUUAAAAAGGUGCAAAGGUUAAUGAUGCAUAGGUCUUGUGCUGGCCCUCUGCCCAGCGGCAAAUUUCCCGCCCUUUGCAAAGUUUUCCCCAGGCCUUUCAGCCCCUACUGUGUAUGAAUAUGGAUGUGUUAUAAACUCUUUACGGUGUGUGCAUUAGAAAUGUAUCAAAACCAAGACUCCAGACCUGAACCUGCCAAACUUUGGGGGAAGUUCCGAUCUGAAGUUGGCCCAUCUCUUGUGUAAAAACUCUACCCCAAACUAACCUGUCUAGUCCAACCUCCCCAUUGCUAAUGUCAAUGCAGUGGCUGCACGGCUUGUUUCUAUACUGACACUUUCCGUGCUAAAACUUUAGUCAUUCAGGGGUGUGAACCCUCCCCCCCGGAGCGACAAAAGUUUUAGUGCUGAAAAGCGCCAGUAUAGACAGUGCUCCCGGCAAUAAAGCUACCACCGCUCAUUCGGGUGGUUAUUUUUUGUCGCUGGGAGAGCUCUCCCCCGGCAAUAAAGCGUGACUACGCUGCCCACGUCACAGUGCAGCUGCAGCCGUGCUGUAAGGUCGGCUGUGUGGACAUACCCUAAGUGCCCCUGGAAAUCUGCUACCCAUUGCCUCUUCAAUGACCAUGUUGUUCUGAAGUCUGUUUCCCAUCUCAGGGUUCUAGGAAUUUUGCAGCACAGUACGUAGGUGCUUGCUUCCAAUGUCAAGGCUAACAUUCACACGGCAGAGAAAUAGUUCCUUAACUGAUCUCUGGAGGUUUACUAAAUGGCCCGGAAUUGAUACAAGCAUUUAGCUAUCUGCACUCUCUCCCAUGCCGGAAUAUUAUUUGGUUCUUGCAUCUAUAUCUGCCAAUCUGUGCCUGGAAAUGACAUCCUACGCUAUGCUCAGUGUUGCCUUUUAAGAUCUCUUGUUUUUUUAAAGAGCUGCCGUGUUUGAAAUUCUGUUUGGCUCACUUGGAGAAUCUCUGGAGCAACCCAGUGACACGUCUGGAAAGGAAUUUUCUCUGGUCACAUGACACCUGUCCAAAGCCCUUCAGAGUCAUUGGAAAGACUCACAUUGCUCUGAACUCUCUUCAGAUCAAACCCAUGGCAAAAGACAGCAGUGAUUUCUUGAAACAAAUCUUAAAGGAUAAAAAAUAUGUUUACUCAUAAACUUUUCAUAUUCUGCAUAAGAUGUUGGAAUGGGGGGAAAUCCAACAAAACCAGACACAUUAUUUUCUGGAGUUUUCAGACUAUUUUAGCUAAAUAGAUAAGUGGAUAGCAUAAUUGGAUCUCAGAAUUUGUUUGUUUUUAAGGAUCAGAAUCUCAGUAUAUUGUCAUUUGAGAUGUUAAUAAAAUA